ACAACACACUGACACCUCUACCAACACUACCCAAGGAGGCAAAUAAAAAAAGGAGAGGGGGGAAUAAAAAAAAAGGGAAAGAAAAUGGAAUCAUCCCACUACCGCAAAAUCGAACUCCAAUCCCCCGCGGAUUUCUCCUACCUACACACCAACGCAGUCACGCUCUCGCGCCAAAAGCUCGACCUGCAUCUCCCCCCCUCCACGAACCCCAAUGACGGUCCUGAUCCAAUGCGAGAGCGAGUCCGCGAGUUAGUAGACGAGUUCAUAACCCGCACCUUCGCAUCCGCCUCCUCCUCCGUGAGCAUCAACGGUCUAGAUUCAUCGUCGCCCGAGUUCCCCUUCCCAGCAUCCUUCACCGAGCCUGCCGAAACCGUCGAGUACGAGGCGUACGACACGGAUCUGGCGGCGCGCGUGACGUCGCUGUAUGCGCAGUUGGAAUCGUUGACAACCACAGUUGCGCAGUUGAGACGGGAUGCACCGGGGAAGGCGGCAAAAUUGUACGCGGAGGAAUUGAAGAAGAGUAUUGAGAAGGAAGAUGAAGAUGAAGAUGAAGAUGAAGAAGAGGAGGAGGAGGAGGAGGAGGAGGAGGAUCUUAAUCGUAAAGACAGUGAGCAAGGAGAACAUAAAGGAAAGGAUGUGGAUAUGCUAGACGCAGACGCGGACGCAGACGCAGACGCUCAAUCCAAACCUUCUUCCUCAGAACCCGACUCGAAACGGCACCGAAAACAUCUACGAAAACAGAGGAACGCGGCGAAAUGGAAUCUGGAUAUCCCUCUAGGCACGGAGAAAGAAGCUGAGCGGUGGCGGAACGGAGAAGUUGCAGAGGUCUACGAGGAUGCGUUACGGACGUUACUUCGGCUCCAGGGUGAGGGUGUGUCUAAUAAUGGUGCGGUCUGCAAAUCUGACGGGAUGGAUGGUAAUGCGCUUGCAUCGACAGUGGGUAAGGCGGAGCGUGCUAGGCGGGCAGUGGAAUUCGUAGAGACAGCAUGACGUGCUUUCUCUAUAGCUGUGGCGUUUGCGUUGCUUUCAAUUUCUCGGGUUCGUGAACGAUUCCUCUGUUUUGGUACUGGGCUGGCGUUUGGUCCCGAGAUGAUACCAAGUCUGAUUGACGAAUUUAUUUCCCUGUUGCAUACGUUGAUUAACUAUAUAGUAUAUGCUUACGAAAGAAUAUCUACGACUUUGAAGGAAG